CAUAACCUGUACAUAUUUGCUCAGCUUAACUAGAAUUGAUACCGGUAUUCCAUCCGGUCAGCGAUGGUGGCAUCCCGGCGGUUGUCUGUGUCAGCCGUGCUAAUGGCCAGAACGCGUUGUGGCGAAUGAUUCGGGUCGCAUUAUGCCACGUCCGAGGUGAGGGUCGCCAGUCACAGUCACGCGGAUGCGGGGUAGCAUCACGGGUGACAGGAGUCACAGUCUAUCCACGCCCACGUGGAGGUGCAGUACGUGCACCGACCGUAGAGACUCCCGCCAGCACACUCACUUCUUCCCUCCACGUCCUCCCCAUGUCUGACUCCGAUUCCGCUCGCCCGAAUGGUGCUGGCAGGCCCACGAGCCCCAACGGUGCUGUAGCGAAGCCCCCUGGCGCACAAAUGAGGCGAAGAGCAGCAGGGAACACACAGGCAGCACGGCCGAACUCCACGCGCGCGGCGGGCGCGGGCGGGUCUUCAAACACCAUGCUCAAGUUGUACACGGACGACUCACCGGGGCUGCGAGUCGACCCCUUCAUCGUCCUCGUGCUCUCCCUUUCCUUCAUUGCCUCCAUCUUCUUCCUGCACAUCUCCGCGAAGAUCAUCCGUGCGUUCACAAAAUAGGCCACUCGCCGCCCCCCUUUCCUAGCGUGGUUACACCCGGACUGGGAGGCUAGUCGGGCGACAUUGGCUAUGGGCAUCUAUGGGUGGGUGCGCCG